UCAACAUCUACUGCUGGAUUUCACCAGGAUCCCCCAGAUCAUCUUACACCGGAUAGACCACCGGCCGGAUUAUGUUGGAAAAGAGGAGGAUUUCUCUGACCAGCAGCUCUAUGAGCAGGAGAGAAAUUCCAGUUUGGAUGAAGAGGAACCAGAACCUUUGCAGAUAAAAGAAGAGCAGCAAGAACCAGAACAUUCCUGGACAAAAGAGGAAAUCAUUGAGGUCGCCAUAGACCGCCUGCAGGAUUAUGUUGGAAAAGAGGAGGAUUUCUGUGGCCAGCAGCUCUGUGGACAGGAGAGGAAUUCCAGUUUGGACCACGAGGAACAAGAAGCUCUGCAGAUAAAAGAAGAGCUGCAAGAACCAGAACAUCCCUGGACAAAAGAGGAAACCGUGGAGCUCCCCAUAGACCGUCUGCAGGAUUAUGUUGGAAAAGAGGAGGAUUUCUCGGACCAGCAGCUCUGUGAACAGGAGAGGAAUUCCAGUUCGGAUGAAGAGGAACCAGAACCUCUGCAGAUAAAAGAAGAGCAGAAAGAACCAGAACAUCCCUGGACAAAAGAGGAAACCAUAGAGCUCAUCAUAAAUGAGCAUGAAGAGCAGCCUGUUUUGGAGCAGGAAAUGCAAAAUAAAGGAGAGAAGCCUUUCUCAUGUUUGACAUGUGGAGAAAACUUUCUAAAAAAAGAACAUUUAAUGGUUCACAUGAGAACUCACACAGGUCAGAAGAUUUUUGAAUGUCUGUUCUGUGCAAAGAAUUUCACAAAGAAAUCUAGACUUGAUAGACACGUCAGAAUUCACACAGGUGAGAAGCCUUAUUCCUGUUCGAUUUGUGGCAAGAAUUUUACUUACAAGAGUCAUGUGACUUAUCACAUGAGAAUUCACACAGGUGAGAAACCUUAUUCCUGUUCCAUUUGUAACAAGAAUUUUACUGAAAAAAGUGGUUUGAGUAAACACAUGAAAUUUCACACUGGUGUGAAGCCUUUUGUAUGUCUGUCUUGUGGAAGAAGUUUCACCUUUAAGUUUGAUCUUAACAAUCACUUCCGAAUUCAUACAGGGGAGAAGCCUUUUUGCUGCACGAUUUGUGGUAAAAGUUUUGUUCUAAAAAGAGAUUUGACUAGACAUAUGAGAAUUCACACAGGUGAGAAGCCUUUUUCAUGCACAAUUUGUGGCAAAUGUUUCACUCUAAAGAGUGAUUUGACUAGACACAUAAGAAUUCAUACAGGUGAGAAGCCUUUUUCCUGCACAAUUUGUGGCAAAAGUUUUACUCUAAAAGGUCAUUUGACUGGACACAUGAGAAUUCACACAGGUGAGAAGCUCCUUUCCUGAAUGAUUUGUGAAAAAGGUUUUAUGUGAGAAGAUAAAUAAAGUAUUCAGAUAACAUUUAUUCAUGCAUGAUGUAGAAUGAUUUAUAUAAAAAAAAAAACUUAAGUUUCACUUAAGUCAUAGCAGUUAGACACCACAUGAAUGAACAGUAGAGGCUUU